CUAGAUUUCAUUUACAACUUAAAACGACGGCAAUCCCACACCGCGCCGCUUAUGCACUGAGCUCCGAACAGUAAAACAGCAGAAAAGGUCUGUUUUUGUAGCCAUGGCGAGGCCUUCUUGGCGCAAAUUCUUAACGACAUCCCGUUUCCAUAUCUCUCGCCACAUCUCCUCUUCUUCCUCUUGCUCUGAAGCUCUACCUCCCCCUUCCAUUCCCUCUCCCCGCGGAGUAGUCGUUACCGGUCUGGGGUUGGUGACUCCGCUUGGUUGCGGAGUGGGAACGACAUGGAAGCGGUUGAUAGAGGGCAAUUGUGGGAUAAGGGCGAUAACGCCUGAAGAUCUCAAGAUGGGUGCUUUUGAUAGAGAGACUGAGUUGCAUAUAUUUGAUCAGCUGACUUCUAAAGUUGCGGCAACUGUGCCGUGUGGAAUGGGCUCCGGUGAUUUCAAUGAGGAAUUGUGGCUUAAUUCAAAGGUGGUUAAGAUUACCAUGGCUUUCCAUGUCCUUCAGGGGUUUGUUGCCUAUGCUCUUUGUGCAGGUGAUGAAGCUUUAAAAGAUGCAAGAUGGCUGCCCAUUGAGCAGGAAGAGAAGGAAAGAAUGUUGAAGCGACAAGUGAAAGAUCUGCUCUUUUUAUACAGUGACUACGUCAGCUUAGUCCAUUCUUCAUUCCAAGGAUAUUAAUCAACAUGGCUUCUCGUCACAGGAGCAUAAAUAUGGAUUCCCGGUGUGUAUGUAACCUUCAAAUGUGAUAUUUUCAGGAGCUUAUGACAGCUUUAAGCCAGUCAUGCAGCUAGUUUGUGAUGCUGUACUUUGCUUGCAGUAACUUGUUGAAAGGAGACUCAAUCUCCUAGUGAUCUCAGGCCCCUGUUAUGUUCACUUUUAUUAAAUAACCCUUUUGAGC